CGGAAGCACUGUCUGAGAUGGGCAGGAAAGCCUCGGACUCUCUCCCCCCUGAAGUGUGCCAGCUAUGGCUGGAUCAACGUGGGAUGUGACAUGUUGAAAUGUUCAAGUUGCCAGGCUUUCCUCUGUGCAUCACUACAACCAACCCUGGACUACCAGAAAUAUGAUUCCCGGAUAGCAGAGAUAACUAGACAACUACAGACACAGCAUGAGAAGUUUUGUCCAUGGCCAGACUUUCCAUGCCCAGACCGGUUCUGGCUUGUCCCGGCGAACGAGCCAUCAGUGCUGCUCAGUGCUUUCCUGGAGCGCUUUCACACCACCUGUCUCCUGGAGCAGCAGCUACCUGCCAUGAAGCCAGAACAGCUUAAAACCAUGGUGAGGGAGGGGAGCAUUCUACUGCAGUUGAUUGAGGAGGAACAGAAGAAGCAGGGCAGCCCUCUGAAGUCCACCUCUGAGGCCCUGGCUGUCCAGGUAGCUGCCUGCAUCGUGGCCCUCUGUGGCUGGACUGGAAGCUCCGCUCUGCACACCAUGAGCCUACCCCUCCUCACCUGCUCCUUCUGCAUGCGCAAAGUGGGUCUGUGGAACUUCCACCAGAUGGAGGGAACAGGAAAAGAGGUAGAGGGAGACGCCCCAAAGUCCCCCACCACCCCGACGUCAUCUACACCCCUGCCUGCACCCGAGGCCCAGGGGGACAGGAAGACUCCCACCUCGCCCUCGCCUUCUCCUACUCCCUACCGAAGGGGGCUGCGGAGCCAGGACAAGACCAGAGGCUCAGAGCAGCCUGUGGGCAGUCUGUCCCCCAUGGUGGUCCGCACCCGCAGCAGGGACUCUCCCAGCCCGAGCGAGGAGCAGCCCAGCCCUCUGCCCAGGGGGAAGAGGCCCAUGACCGGGGGCCGAGGCCAGGGGGAGGGGACAGGGAGCGAGGGGACUGCUUCGGGGGGCUCCAGCCCCCAACGCAACCCCAAACGCAUGUGCCUCUCCUCAGCCAGUAGCCCUGAGGGCCCCCUGCAUAGGAGUGUGUUUGACCCACUAGCCCAGCACAGAGACUGGUGCCCCUGGGUGAAUGUAGGCAAGGAGAACACCCAGCCCACUGGUGGUGUACCCCUGCUGGGCCAAGAGGCAGAGCACCAGCAGGGCUGGAAGGCCGCACUCACUCUCCUCCUCCCCAUGAAGAAGUGCUUCAGCCCAAACAAGGCAGCCAGUCCCCUACAGGGUCCACAUGACAAGUCUAAAAGAGUGUUUGCUAUAUUCCGUCAGUGGCAGGUAUCUUCCCCAUCUCAGUAAGGUCUUUCUCUCUCCACCCCAGAGACAGGGUCGUCGUGACA